AUGCGCUUUGCUGCCCUUGUCGCUCUCUCUGUCAUCGCGUCGACCGUCCCUGGUCUUGCUGCCCCUGCUCCAUACUCUCCCCGCUGGAUCACUUCCAAACGUGAUACCGCGUCAACGGAUGUCAAUACGACAUCAGUAUACAAUGGCACCACCGCUUUCCGCAUAGGGACGGCCAUCCUGCAACUUCUCAAUGACCCCGUUCCUGAAAUCGAGCAGUUACUGAGUAGUUUAGCUGUCAAUGGAACAGGGGCUAGUACUACCCUUCCUUCCAAACGUGACACCACCUCCGAUAUUGUUGAUGCCAUUGGAGAAUUGGUCAACGAACUGCCUGCUACAAGGAAGCGCGACGUCACUGCAGAUCUCACUGCCGCACUCCAAACUCUCUUAGAAGAAGGUGGCUCUGUGUCGAGCGAUGUCAAGAGGGAUUUAGCCUCCUCUGACUCCUCUGGUGUCGAAGAGAGAGGGCUGCCUUCCAGCCUCACGAGCGGGCUCAAGAACGCCGCGAACGUGGCUUCCAUCGGCGGCGGUCUCGCAAACAUCUGGAAUGCGAUUGACGGCAGCCUUAUUAACAGCAACACCAAGCGUCAAGCGGUCACGACCGCAGCUGACGGCAGCCUUGACAACGACCAAUUCCCCACACCCUCGAUCCCUACAGCCCUUCUCGAAAACCGCAGUCUCACUUCUUUGUUGAAGAGCCUCGGGAAUGUUGCUAGCAUAGGAUUCAGUGCUAGUUCAAUCGCGAGCGCCCUUGAUGGCAGCGGCAACACCAAGCGUGACUUUGUCCCAACUUCUGAUGAAGUUGAUAUCGCUGGAGCUUUGGGUGGAGCAACACCUCAGUUCGAAGAUCGUAGCUUCAAGAUCUCUCCCAGCGCCGAAAGCGCCUUAUCGAAGCUGGCUAAUGUCGCUAGUGUGGGGGGUAUUGUUGCAUCGCUGUUUGGUGGAAGCAGCAAUAGCACGAGGCGCGACCUUGGCAUGGACUCAGGACUCAUCCAUGACCAGAAGCGUGACGUCUCCUCCGAUGUCGAAAACAUCCUCCAGCAGAUCAUAGCUGCUUAUGAAGGUGCCAUAAACGGAUCAAGCAGCACCUCUACCUCUACCAAGCGCUUUACGAAUGACAGCGGUCUCCUCAACCCGGAGCAGCUCGAGGAGCUUAGCUAAUUUGUAUCACACGUAGUAUUUAGUUUUGAUACUUUGUAGCUAGCAUACGACUGACAGAUUGUGCACGUUAGUAUAGUCAAUAUACCCAGUGAAUCUGGAUUCUACUUCAA